AACCACCUUUUCCUCUUAACCCUUGGUGAUAAACUUUUCCUCGCACCGUUGCAAAACCCGAAGAAAGUCUUGGACAUAGGCACUGGGACCGGGCUGUGGGCCAUGGACUUUGCAGACCAAUUUCCAGAGGCAGAGGUCAUUGGCACUGAUCUAUCACCCGUUCAGCCGGGUGUUGCCCCACCAAACCUUCGGUUUGAGAUCGACGACUGUUGCAGCGAAUGGACGUAUCCAGAAAACAGCCUUGAUUUCAUUCAUGUGCGUUGCCUGUACGGGAGCAUAGCGGAUUGGCCCGCAUUUUACCAAGAGUGCCUUAGGCAUUUGCGACCCGGGGGCUAUAUAGAACAUGCCGAAUUCUCCGUCGCGCCCAAGUCGGAAGACGGUUCCGUGACAGAAGGGAGCAUUUUUGAUCAAUGGGGAAAAUUUGCGAUUAGCGCAGGCGAAAAGAUUGGAAAGACAUUUGAAGUUGAGGCGAAGAUGAAGGGCUGGGUCGAGGAAGCCGGUUUUGAAGAUGUGACCGAGCGUCGAGGCAAAUGGCCAAUUGGAGCCUGGAGCAGUGAUCCGAAGCUAAAGGAGUUGGGCCGCUGGAAUGCACUGCACUGGGAGGAGGGAAUGGAGGGCUGGAAGAUGGCUUUGGCCACUAGAGUUCACGGGGUAAGACAAUCGCCGGUCACGACGGAUUUCUGAAACUCAUCGGGGCCUAUAGUUUACGUAUACCGGUGUUCAAGACUUUCUCGCCCAGGUCAGGGAAGCCAUGCGUGAUCGACAUAUCCAUGCCUACCAUGAGGUGUAAGUGUUUCAGGUGUGAUACGCUGACAUAUUCUGACUGUUGAAUGAUAGAGCCGUAGUAUAUGGUCGAAAGCCACUUUGACGGGUGAUUAAGUUAGAAAGCUUGGAUAUUUUAGUACUGAAAUGGAAACCACCAGAUUAACGAAUU